AUGUUCCUUCUCCCAAGUUUGGUCUUAGGAGGACCCCAGGGAUGCCCCAGAUCAGGGGCCAGAGGGGAUGCUUAUCAAACCUUUCCCCAGAGUAACUGGAAAAUUCUCCAUCCAGAGGCCUUGGUGGUGGUAGUGGUGGUGGUGGUGGUGGUGGUGGUGAGUGUCAGUGUUUAUAUCAGGCAGACAGGACCUCAAGGAGUCAGAUUAUCUGUCUGUCUCCUUUCCCUCAGCCAUGCUGGCCUUGAGCUUAGGGAUGUGCUUGCAAACCCUUCUCAAGGGUCCUCACAACCCCAAAAUCUCCAAUCCGGCCUUACCAGGGCCUUGUCUUCCGGCUCCCUUCUCUUGUCCUCAGCCUCAUUUCUUAAAAGACUAGGAUUUUUUUUUUAA